GAGUUCUUCCUGGUAGAAUGACGCCAGAAAAUUAAGGCAGAAAGGAAUUACAAACAACAAACACUACCGGUAAAUAUCCUCUUCAUUUCUUCUCUUUAGGGUUUUUGUGUAAACCAUUAAAGCUUUCACUCAAGUUUCUUAUAAUGGCGACUGAGUUGUCGAUCAAAACAGACAGAGUGGAGCAAUUCUUCGACGACUUGGAGGCACAAAGAACGAUUCUUUCCUCAUGCACUCAGUUAUUUAAAACCCUAACCUACCAUUUCACUUCCCUCCAAGAGUCCCUUUCCCAUAAGUCCAAAUCCCUAGAAUCGAAAUUCCUCUCUUUAGAAUCCACCUCCAGCGAAACUCUACAAUCCCUCAGCCAACGCGAGAACUCAAUCCCCGAACGCGAGUCAGUCGCCAUUGCUCUCCUCAAGGACCAAAAAGAAGCCGCCUUGGCCGAUUUUCAAAAACCCGCCAAAUCCACCGAGCUAUCCGAGACCUUAAAGUCCUUGUGUCGUAAAAUGGACUUCUCUGGACUAUUAAAAUUCAUCAUCUCCAAACGAAAGGAAUCCAUGUCGUUGCGCGCUGAGAUUUCUGGGGCAAUUACGGAGUCCGUGGACCCACCGAGACUGCUCCUAGACGCCGUGGAGGAGUUUUUAGUUCAGAAGAUGGAUAAAGUUGGGGUUACGGAUAAAAGGUGGGCUUGUGGAAUGCUGGUUCAAGCCAUGUUUCCGGAAGGAAAUAAUGGUAAAAAGGCUGUGGGGCCCGAGUUUGCGAGAAGCGUGGUGGAGAGAGCGGCGGGGAUUUUGGAGAGCUGGAAGGAGCAAAUGUUUGAUACUGAAUUGGGUCCCGCGGAGGCUGUUAUGUUUUUGCAAAUGGUGGUGGGUUUCGGGUUGAGUUCGAGGUUUGAUAAUGAGUUUCUUAGGAAACUGGUUUUGGAUUUUGCCUCCAGAAGGGAUAUGGCCAAGCUUUCGGCAUGUUUAGGUUUCGGCGAGAAAUUGGGAGAUAUAAUUGAUGAAUUAGUGAAGAGUGGUAAAGAGGUAGAGGCGGUUUAUUUUGCUUCUGAAUCUGGCUUAACUGAAAGAUUUCCUCCAGUUUCGCUGCUCAAGUCCUAUCUCCGGAAUUCAAAAAAGAAUGCUACAACCAUAUUGAAGAAUGGCAAUUAUAGCAAUGUGGCAACGGAGGAAUCAAGCAAUGUGGAAUUGAAUUCCAUUAAAGCCAUCAUUAAAUGCGUAGAAGACCAUAAGCUUGAAUCAGAGUUCUCUGUUGAUAGUUUAAGGAAGAGAGCUGCUCAGCUUGAAAAGAGCAAGGCAGAAAGAAAGAAGAGUUCAGCAACCAAUAGCAAGCCCCAAAAUAAGCGAGGCCAUGGUUCUAGUAGUAGCCGCAGCAGUGGACCACCUGCCUUCCGGCCAGCUAAAGCAGCCAAGUUUUCAAAUGCUUACCAAUCUUUUGGCCGCAGGAACCCAGCCCCCCCAACACCACAUAGCCCAGCGCCGAGAUAUUCUAUUUCUACCCCAUACAACUAUCCUAACCAAACUGUCUAUGAAGGUGCUACCGCUGCUCAAUAUGGAACAACUUAUGUUGUGCCCCACGCACAAAGUCCUGCCGCCAUCCCUCAACAGCACUACUCUCUCCCAGUAGACAGUAUAGGUGCUGCUGGGUUCAGAGCCAGUGGUUCUUAUAGUUCACAAACUGGGUAUGGUGCGUAUGAUUAUAGUUCUGCACCAGUGUCCUCUUACCAAUCGUCAUCAUAUACACAAUAGUAUGUAAGGAGCACUAGUCUGACCAUUAGUCAUUUUGUUUUGUAGAUUUUUGGUAGUUGGCAUUAUAUUUUUGAAUUCGUUUGUUUAUUACUACAACUACGGAAUUAAAUGUGGGAAUGGUUCAGAUUCCCCAUAGAGGCAUUAUUAAUUAUUUUGUUUGGAAGCUGGAUUUGAUUCCCGUUUUCAAAUUUUGA